GAACAACAAUUGUGCGCCGGCCCCAGGGUACUAACCAGAACUUCUGCCUGACUCUCAAGGCACAAGGCUCAGUACCUGCAGAGGCCUUUUAUCCAUCUAAUGCGGGCAUGGGGACAACAUGUCUUCACCAAGGAAGGCCACAGCACAGUCUGGAAAAGAUACGGAGGGAGAGGACUCUGAUUUGAAAGACGAGAUUUUUUGGGAGAGUUUCCCUUCAACUCAGAAAAGCACACCUAGAUCAGUGACUCCUGAGGUUUUGAGAAAGGAAGAUAUCUCAAAGAAGAUGAAACUCUCUCUUAAGGGUUUCCAAAUUGAUUCUGAAGAUAUUUUAAAAGAUGCUACAGAAAGUGAGAGUGACCCCAGCACGUGGGCCACGAGUGGCUCCUUUCUAAGGGACAAGUGGAGUAGUGAGGAUGAAGAGCUUGCAGGGCCAUCCCAGCCGGUCCCCCCUCAGAUCCACGUUAUGCAAAUUGUUUCUGAAGGGGAGCUAGCUCAGCUGGCUCACGUUCGACCAUUAGUAUUCAAUUUUCAUGAGCAAUCAACCAUCAAGGAUUGUUUUAAAGUGCUUGAGAAAAAAGUAGCAGAAUAUGAAAUCCUCCAGGAAUUCAUGACUUUAGAUUAUAAGAACCUAUCUGGUGAGUUCAACUCUGGGAAUGACCUACGCAACAGAGACAAAAACAGAUAUCGAGAUAUUCUUCCAUAUGAUUCAACACGUGUUCCUCUUGGAGAAAACAAAGACUACAUCAAUGCUAGUUAUGUUAGAAUAACCAAUUCUGGAGAAGAGUAUUUUUAUAUUGCUGCUCAAGGACCACUGCCAAGUACCAUAAAUGACUUUUGGCAAAUGGUUUUGGAAAAUAACUCUAAUGUUAUUGUCAUGAUAACCAGAGAGAUAGAAGGUGGAGUUGUCAAAUGCCACCAUUACUGGCCUGUUUCUAUGAAGAAGCCUUUGGAAUUGAAAAACUGUCGUAUCUUCCUGGAAAACUACCAGAUACUUCAAUAUUUCAUCAUUCGACUAUUUCAAGUUGUGAGGAAGUCUACAGGAACUAGUCACUUUGUAAAACACUUGCAGUUCAUCAACUGGCCAGACCAUGGCACUCCUGCCUCAGUAGAUGGCUUCAUAAAGUACGUGCGUUAUGUGAGGAAGAGCCACCUUACAGGACCUGUCCUUGUUCACUGCAGUGCUGGCGUGGGCCGCACGGGGGUGUUCAUGUGUGUGGAUGUCGUGUUCUGUGCCAUCGAAAAGAACUUUCCAUUCAACAUCAAGAAUAUAGUGAGCCAAAUGCGAGAACAGCGUUAUGGCAUGGUUCAAACGAAGGAGCAGUAUUGCUUUUGUUAUAAAGUUGUGCUUGAAGUUCUUAAGAAGCUUCUGACUUUCGAUUAAGAAAGACUUCUGUUGCCUCACACUUGAAAUUACCAAGUGGCUUGGAGUUUCCUCAUAAAGAACAUGUUCCAGCUGUCCUGACGGGCUUUGCUUAGGCAUACGGUGUGCUUUCUUGGUGUAUCAUUUGACUUUCUUUCUGACAACUCCCUGAAGGCAGCAUCAUUUGGUUUGCAGUGAAUAGUGUUUCCCCAUUAAUCUUACUUAGAUAAUAUAAAAAUAUCUUCCCACAUUUUCCAAUGAAACAAAAGUUGUAUACAAGAAUUGCAGCCUAAUUGGUUGAAGGGAUUACAGAGCCCAAUAAAGGACUUAAACUAUACUCAUUAAGAUUUUAUUUGGACAGGCAGCUAAAGGGAGCUGAGGAUUUCCAGGACUCUAAAAAGCCCCUAUUCCAGGAGAACGUAGGGUCAGUAAAGGGAAGAUCACAUCAUGACCUCUUGGAGGCAUUUUCAAGACAGAUACUUACCUGUGUUUUUUAGCUAGAGUAUGUACUUUUAGCUAGUAUUUGAAUAACUCAGUUCGCUAAUGAGGAGGGAUUAACUUUUUACACAAAUUGGAUUCUGUUUUCCUAUAGUUCCACACUCCUUGGGGGGACCCUAGGGACCUUAGAGGACAAGCUGCCUUUCUAGAGCAGCUGCACAAGGACCUGUUGAUCUGGGAAGUAUUUUGUGGGUGGGCAGAGUUCCUCUGCUCGAUCACAUGAACACACUGGAAAACAGUCCAAAACUAAAAUAGAUGUUUAUAUAGAAAGUCCAAGAGGAAAUUUUUGCCCAGCUUGAGUUCUUUCCUAUCCCACCCUAACACUUAACAUAUUACUCAGUCUGCUUUGUUAAAAUCACAUAUUACAUUUUACUUGCCUCUUACUCGUUGCCCUUUAGCUAACCAAUAAACUUUGAUAUAAGCAUUAUUACAUAACUCUGUGUAUCUCUUACGCCAGAUCUAGUUCUUAAACUAAGAUCGAUGAUAGUUAUUUUUUUGGAGAGUUCCAUUAAAUCAUUUCUUUCCAUUACUGCUCCACCUCUGUUGUAACAUUUAAAAGUUGGCUUUGGGAACCAGAUUUUGGAAAACCAAAUUCAUAGUUGUGAAAAUGAAAACUUCCAUGUUCUCUUUUUGAAGAGAUGUGGCCAAUAUUACAUCUAUCUUAUUAUAGGACUUUGCCUCAUAUAAUUACAGUGAUAUUUUGGUCAAGGAAUUUUAGUGACCAGUUUUACCUGAUUAUAUAUAAAGCAAAUGAUACAUAUCUUUGUACAGUGUGGUUCAACAGAGAUCAGAAUAUUCCAUGUAUUAUAUUGAGAAAAUUUCUAAUAUUAAUCUGUAAAUCUUGAAUUUUAAAGAGGCUUAUUUGUUCCCUUGGCUGAAUGAAUACUUGAAUUAUCUUAGUAAAUUUCAUUUUAAAAAUAAUUACAUGCCAGAAAUAUAUUUUAUAUUAAAUCAAAUUGAUGAUUCUACCUAAUUACAUUGUUCAUAUAAAGAAUAAUCUAUGCUAAACCUUAAUUUCAUUUUGAUGAUUGGACUUUAAUAUUUGUGUCCCUCAUUUUAUUAUUCUGUUAUUGUAAAAUAAUAGAUAUAAUGUACAACAUCAUUCCUGAGAAGGAUUCUAUGGUGUUACUUAAAUGAAAAGACUUACUGUAUAUUGCCUGAAGUAUUUUUAUUAUCUAGGCCUUGAAGUGUACUUAUAAAGAAAAAUGCCACAAUUCUUGAUGGUAAACAUAUUUCUUCUACAAUGUGUGCCUCAUAUUUUUAUAGCUAGAUUAAUUUUUAGUUUUUGAGAGAAGAGAAAUAAGUAAAUAUGGAAAUACUGAUUCCACUUGUUUUAUUUCGUUUUUGGAAAGUGAAUUCCAAAUUGAAAAAGUUUGACUGAUUGAAAUACUAAGUUUCAUACCAACAUUAAAUCAAUCUUUGCCUAGACUAUGGAUAUGAAACUCCCAUUGACACCUUUGUGAGUGUAUGAAUGCUUAGAGGAAUGUGUAAAAUAUUUAAAUAAAAGCAUAUAUGCAUUUAUUAACUUUCAGCUUUAAAUACAUAUUUUUAUGCUUGGUGGACAUACAUGUUGGACCAAAUCUUUUCAGAAAUAAACAUUGUAGGUUUCAUUCUCA